UAUAUAAACCCAAAUCUCAACCUCGGAGGAUAGUUUACUCUUUAGUCUGUUUAAAAAUGUCUUGGAGGAAGGUAGCAGAGGAACCAAAGCUGGUUGAGCUAUCUGACCGAGAGAUGGAAGUGGUUACAACAGUAUUUCGAAGCUACGAAACAGGUCUCAGAGAAGCGACAAUCUAUCCUAAGGAUCUAUUGGCAGCUAUGAAGAUGUUAGGACUCAAUCCAAUGGAACAGGAGAUUAUAGACUUGACCAAUGAAAUUGCUAGAAACGGUUUUAUUUACUUCCCAGAGUUCUGCAAUAUUAUUACCAGGAAGUUUAGGGAGGAGGAUGAGGAGGUUUUUAGACAAAAUAUGUUUAAGAUGCUCUGUGGAACUGAACCUUUCCCUGAACUGUUUCGAGCCAAGAAAUACAAGAUUAACGACAACUUCAUUCUCAAGAAGGAUUUCAGGCAUAUGAUGCUCAAUCUUCCAGUACCGGUAAGUGAACAAGAUAUAGAAGAUAUGUUUAAUUAUGCAGACAGUGAUAGAGAUGGAAGAAUUAACUAUAAGGAAUUUCAAACAAUGAUAAAUCCUCCGAAACCCCCUGAACCUCCAAAACCAAGUAUAAAAGACUACACUGCGGUACAGAUGGCAGUGCAUACACCCAACACACAACAACAACAGAUACCUUUACCACAACAGCAACAAACCCUCUCUGUAUCAAAUAUGAUGGCAACAGCAGGAAACGGAGUUGGAUCAGGAUAUUCUCUUAGUAAUACCUGACUAUAGGCUUACGGGGUCUAAUCAAGGAUCUCAUGUGUUCACUCACAAUAUUCAUCAAAGUCGGGUUAGCAUAGACCGAGGAUCAUGAAUACCAAACCUGAUCACAGUCUGAUACAGAUUAUUGAUACAGACACAAAAAGAGAUUAUUUGCUUCUAAAAUUGAUCUAAAAUUAUCCCAAAAAUAAGGAUUAUGUCGAAAAGGGGAAUUGUUUUCUUUUUUAAAAGAAAAACAAUGAAUUUUCACCUUUCAUAAUCAUUCAUGAUUUGUUAAGAUUAUUUAGAAUACGUUUAAAAAAAGAAAAUUAUUAUUAUUUCAAUAACAAUAAAUUGUUAAUAGUUAUGUAUCGCAUAGUUAUGUAUGUAACGCAUAGGUCUAGGUCUAGGUCUAGGUCUAGGUCUAGGUCUAGGUCUAGG